CGGAGAGAUUUACGUUUCUGCGUUUUUUUUUCUCCGAAGGUUUGCAGACGAAGGUAAGCGGCCUGGAGGUUUUGAUUUGGCCCAAACAAGCGGCAAGAACUGCGUUCCGGCCGAGCUCUUUCAAGAUGAACCUGAACUACACGUCUCCGGGCGCGCAGAUACCCACCCCGAGGUCAACGUCCUUCUUCAUCGAAGACAUUUUGCUUCACAAACCUAAGCCUUUGCGGGAUGUGUUUCCGUCGCCUUUUUCCAACUCGCUCACAUCUCGGAUGCCUCUGCUUGAAUAUGGAUACCCCCUCAUGCCCACCCCGAUCCUCGCCUCUCAUCCGCACCAUCCGCUCCACAAACCCGAGCAUCACCCCUAUUUCUUCACCUCCGGGGUGCAGAUGCCAUCGUUGUUCCAGCAUCACCCGGAAUUGCCCGGGAAGCACUGCCGGCGUCGGAAAGCGCGCACCGUUUUCUCGGACUCUCAGCUCUCCGGACUGGAAAAGCGCUUUGAAAUGCAGCGGUAUCUCUCAACACCAGAGCGCGUGGAGCUGGCCACAGCACUCAGCCUCUCAGAAACACAGGUGAAAACCUGGUUUCAGAACCGGCGAAUGAAGCAUAAAAAGCAAUUAAGGAAAACUCAGGAGGAGCAGAAGACACCAGGGGACUCGGACAGAUCUCUGGAGAACUCGGGCGCCGGCGAGCUGCAUGACAAAAGCGCAGGAGACGCAAAAGACGGAAUGAGUCCGGACAGAUACACGGUGGACGAAAACGAAGACGAGGUCGAUAUUGAGGACGACAUCUGCUCCCCUGAACAUUUACUAUAGACCGAAGAACAUGAACUAAACCACCCAUGUACAUAACGAUUACUGAAUUUUAGAUAGGAAAUUCUAUUUAGUUUUUUUUUCUUUUUAUAUUUAAAUUAAUAACCAUCUAAAAUAUACUAUUCAAGCUCUUAUGACAUGCGUUUUCAGCAGAGAGACUCAUGACUCCAGGUAGCUCCAUCCAGGAGGAAUUUUGAUUCGAUUAUUAUUAUUAUUAUUAUUAUUAUUAUUAUUAUUAUUAUUAUUAUUAUUAUUAUUAUUAUUAUUAUAGUAUCGCCCAUACUGAGGACUAUAAUGCUAUAAUGAAAUGAUUGGGUUUGAAAAAGCACGAGCCCACAAUGACUCUUUUUUUUGUGAAUAUGGGAGGGGUAGUAAAUAUUGAUAUUUGACAAUCUGUAAAUAUAAUCAUGGUAUAUAGCACUUGUUCAGUUUACACUGGAUAAUUGAACAAGAGCGCGGCAAUGAUCUCGGAUGUUGGCGCAUCAUGUUCAUCAGCUCUAAACUUGUGGUGUGUCUUUUGUUAAUGCAAAACAUGUUAAAAUGAAUGUACAGUAAAUUAAUUAUCAAAGAAAUUAUGAUUUGUUCAAAGCGAA